CAAAUCACUCGCAAUGUCGGACUCCAAGCAAGCAGCACAGAGUUACCAAGAAAAGACGGUACGUCAAAGAGAGGAAGGAAAAAGUCUGAUGAACGAUGUAGAGAUUCAUCGCGGAGAUGUCAUCUUAGAUUUGGGCUGCGGUACUGGAGAAUUGUCUGCGUAUUUGGCCGAGCUCGUAGGUCAAGAUGGACGAGUCGUUGCCGUUGAUCCUGAUGUCAAUCGGCUUCAAGUGGCUCGAGAAUCACACGGGGAUGUAAAAAAUCUCGCAUUUCAUGAGGGAAGUUCUUCAAACUUCCCAAGAAUGGGUUCAGAGACUUACGACAUCGUCUUCGCCAACUCUGUGUUUCAACGUAUCCAGGAUAAAGAAGAAGCGUUCAAGAACAUGUUUCGGAGCCUAAAACCAGCGGGGAAAAUUGCCCUGUCUUACGGCGAUCACUUUAUUUCUGGAUUUCAAAAAAUUUAUGGUGGACUUCAAAACUCAGAAAUGAUGGAACUCAUGCUAAGCAAACUUUAUUUCGAGAGAAGGUCAAAAAUUGAGGGCAUGUGUUCGGCUGCGGGAUUCGACAUCGUGAAAAGUGUCGACGUCAAGAUGAAAGAUUUUGAGUUCGAAAAUGUUGAAAGUAUGUGCUCAUUUUACUCGGUAUAUUUGCAAGAUGCGUUUGAUCCAAAGCUCGUCACGAAAGACAAAUUAUCGAGUUUUUGUGCUCAGUACACAAGUGGGAUAAAUUCUACACCGCUAAAAAUGUAUACUGAUGAAGAAGAUUACUACUGUAUAUUGAUAGCAGCCAAAUCAUAAAGAACGUGACGGCCUUUUAGAUUAUUGUUAGAUUUGCAUCAGAGAAGCUUGGUUGCGUACUCGAGUUCCUGUGGAAUCCGUAAUAUAUCGUUUAUGGCCGGAACGUUUGUAGUGUAAACGAAAUGACCAUUUAGUUUGCUGUGUGGAAACAGUAAAGCACUAUGUCCCUGAUUAAAAACAAUGCCAGUGAAGCGAUGAGAAUCGGCAUCAAUGUAGCCGUUUUUGUUUUGAAUGCGUGAAGUUAUGAAUUUGUUUCCCCGAAAACAACGCAUGUAAUCUCGGUAACAUUUAUGAAGCCAGAAAUUGAUUGAUUUUCUUCAGUUAACCUAGUCCUUCCAGUGGGCGACAUUUCGUGUCAGAGACUGUGUAAAUUUGGUCAUAUGCAUAUGAAUAAGGUUAUGGUUGAAUUUGCAAAA